UCCGCAAUCAAGCGACUCCUUUGGGAGCCUCAGUUCGCAAUCAAAGCGGCUCGUUUAAAACGAGCUGCAGUCCGACUUCAACCCUCUUUCGGUUAAGAUUUUAGAAGGAGUUCAAAUUCUUCCCGGUUUCAAUCUCCAACUUGGCGCCAACCGCCGCUAUAAAUCUCCAACCAAGUACAACAACGGAAUCGGCCAUAUUUCCAGCCUCACGAGUCAUCAAGUGCCAUAUUUCAGCAUCGGCAGAUCAACGCGGGAGCCAUGGGGAUGCAGAAACGCAAUAGUAGACAAGUUCUCCCGAGGCCUUGCCAGAUCAACGCUGGAGCCAUGGGGAAAAAAGGCUGUAGAUAUGAUAGGCUCAGCGCAUUGCCUGAUGACAUUCUAGUCAACAUUCUUGACCGACUCAAUGUCCGUGAAGCUGCAAGAACCAGCAUCCUUUCUAAACGGUGGAUUCGUCUCUCCUCCGAGCUCUCUCAUCUUAUAAUAAAUGCUAAGGAGUUUGUGCCGGAGGGUGUGUCAAACUCCAAUGCAUCUGUUGAUUACUUGGUUCAGAUGAAUGCAGCUGCUGUCGAAGGGGCAAAGGGCAUGCUGGCACGCAGAGUUCUAGGGGAAUACACCAUCCGCCUCCUGUCGACGACGUUCUACUUGAGAGAUGUUGUCCCCAUAUCCAUCGGACAUGCCGUUGGCAAUGCUAUGGCGACACACAAGAUUGAGAAAGCAGAAUUCACUGUUUUGACAGAGAAGAAACGCCUGCAGUGCACUUUUGAUGAUAUAGUGAACUAUGGGGCACAGUUCCUGUCAUUUUUUAAUGAGUGUCAGGUUGCAUUUUCUGGUCUGACACGGCUUUACCUGGAGAAUUUGAAAUUUGCUGAAUCUGACGUGGUCUCCAACAUCCUCGUCACUUGUAAGCAGUUAAAAUAUUUAGGUUUUCUCAAUUGCGCGACAGAGUAUUGGCUGACAUUCAAUGUUGAGCAUGCUCAACUCGGUGAGAUCAGUUUUGAGGAUUGCCGUUUUGGGAAAGUGGAACUCAAGUGGCUCCCAAGACUCACUCGAAUAAACUUUGCUUUUUGGAUGACUUACAAAUACCUGCCACUGUCAUUUGGUCAUGUCCCAUUGCUGGAGGCUGUGACCCUUGUAAAUCUUGCUCUUAGUUGGCAUGAAAUGGUCGAACUGAGCACUUUACUUUUUGAGACCUCUGUACGAGAGCUGCACUUGGGGUUUAGAUACGAAAAGAUUUGGCUUCAACCAGAGUGUCUAACCAGAAAGCUGGCGUAUGUGUUCCGCCCACUGAGGAUUGUCAAUCUACAUAGCAUUCCUGAAGGGUAUGAUCUCACAUGGACAAUAUUCAUUCUGGAAGCUGCACCAUUGCUGGAGGAGUUCUGCAUGAUGGUAAUGGAUCACCCAUGUGAAAUGAAAAUGGACGAGGAGGAGAGGAGACAAUGCUUGUAUAGUGAGAAGAAGGGCGUGGAGUGGAAAUCACCUACAUCAAAUUUCAAGCACCACCAUCUUACCAAGCUCAUCAUCUUCUGCUUUGAGUCCUACAUGGUGAGUUAUGUCAGGCGUGUGAUGAAAGCAGCUGUGAAUCUAACUAAUGUGUACCUGUAUGAUAGACUGGGAUGUCGGAUGUGCCGACACCUGAAACCUCUGAAACCGACUACGUUUCCGCCGUCGAAGAAGCAUAGGUGCUCGAUGAGGAACCUCCUGACCCAGGGCAUUCAGUCACGUGCCAGGAUUCAAUUUCUUAGCUGUGCUGAAAUUCGUGUUGAUCAUGCACGAAUGCUACUGAAUUAG